CACAAAUACAUUCAACAUUGCAGAGAUAAAAGGUGUGUAUUGUGCAGAAGCGUGACACUGAGAAGAUGUACGCCAUGAAGUACAUGAACAAACAGCAAUGCAUAGAGCGAGACGAGGUCCGAAACGUCUUUAGAGAGCUAGAGAUCCUACAGGACAUUGAACAUGUUUUUUUAGUCAACCUCUGGUAUUCCUUCCAGGAUGAGGAGGACAUGUUCAUGGUAGUAGACCUGUUACUGGGAGGAGAUUUAAGGUAUCACUUGCAGCAAAAUGUCCAGUUCACCGAGGACGCAGUUAAGCUGUACCUGUGCGAGAUGACCUUGGCACUGGACUACCUACAGAGUCAGCACAUCAUACACAGGGAUAUCAAACCAGACAAUAUCCUUCUGGAUGAACAAGGUCAUGCCCACCUGACUGACUUCAAUAUUGCUACAAUUAUCAAAGAUGGAGAAAGAGCCACGGCUUUAGCUGGAACCAAGCCAUAUAUGGCUCCUGAAAUUUUCCAGUCUUUUGUUAGUGGUGGGACUGGCUAUGCGUUUGACGUGGACUGGUGGUCAUUAGGGGUCACCAUAUUUGAGGUCCUGCGAGGAUGGAGGCCAUAUGACAUCCAUGCCAGCAACUCAGUGGAGUCUCUAAUGCAGCUCUUCAGCACAGUCAGCGUGCAGUACUGUAACUCCUGGCACAAAGACCUCAUCUCCCUGCUGCGUAAGCUCCUGACAGUAAAUCCAGAACAUCGAUUCUGCAGCCUUGCCCACAUGCAAACAGCCCCCUACCUCUCAGACGUGAACUGGGAUGCCGUCUAUGAGAAGAAGAUGGAGGCUGGAUUUGUUCCCAAUAAAGGGCGUCUGCAUUGUGAUCCUACCUUUGAGCUGGAAGAGAUGAUUUUAGAAUCUCGUCCGCUACAUAAGAAGAAAAAGCGUCUGGCCAAGAACAGAUCAAGAGACAACAGCAAGGAUUCCCAAUCUGAGAACGACUAUCUACAGGAGUGCCUUGAAGUCGUGCAACAAGAGUUUGUGAUCUUCAACCGAGAAAAGUUGAAGAGGAGACAGGAGGAAGGCUGCAUGGUGGGAGAAGGCGAAGGAGCAGAGGGAGAGACGGAAGGAGAAGGCGACCCUGACCGAGAAGCAGAAGAGGCAGAGGGCGGGACAGAGGAUGAAGAAACCGAGCCCGAACCCGAGGCCUCCAAACUGAGCAUGUGCGGCUCAGUGUGCUCAUCUCCGGGCAGUUCAUAGAUCCGCAGGCACAGCACCUCCUGCUGGUCUCUUAGGUGUCACUGCGCUCACCAUGCCUAUAAAGCCCUAACUGCGCCCAGCACAAAAAGUGCGAUCCAUUAGGGCUCCAAAACAUCUCUCUUCUCCAUCCCAGUUACCUUCAUCUCAGCACGGUUUGGGCUCUGCCUAAAC